AUGUCUCAAAAACUAGAAGAUUCCAUUUCUAAACUGAAGGCUGAAAGUGGAAACUCUGAGCUCCAUUGCCAGAAUUUGAGUGAUAUACUCAUUGUAAUUGCAGAAGCAUGGAAUACUCCCAUAUAUGGAAGAGACUUAGCUUAUGGACUGUGUGAUAUAGUGAGAAUGGAAGGACUGUUAGAUAUUCUCAUUCAAAACUGUUCAUCUGAAGAUGAGAAUAUUUUGAAAGGCUCUGUGGAUUUAUUGGAGCAAGUCAUGUCUACUAAAAAUAGAGAACGGUUAGCUAGAAUUGGCCUAGAUAGAAUUGUGCACAUGACUUGUAAAGCUAUUGGAGAUACUUCAAUAGCCACUUCAACUGUUGGAAUUUUGGAAAAUCUUUUUAAACUCUCUGAAGAAACCUGUACAAAAGUGAUUAAUUUGGGUGGACUAGAUGUCAUUUUACAUUGGUGUCGAAAUAAUGAGGUUGAAAUUCUUAGGCGUUGUGCAAAAGCUUUGGCAAAUCUUUCUCUUUUUGGAGGUUGUGAAAAUCAAGAAUUUAUGGCCAAACAUAAGGUCCCAGAAUGGCUGUUUCCGUUAGCUUUUUCCGAUGACAAUAGUGUGCGAUAUUAUGCUUGUUUAGCUAUUAGUGCGUUAGUUGCUAAUAAGGAAUUAGAAGCCAAAGUUUUAAAAUCAGGAACAUUGGAUCUAGUCUUACCUUUUAUUAACUCUAAUCGUCCCUCAAUGUUUGCCUCAAGUGAUCUUACACACAAACAGGGACGGGAUAAAAUAUGGCUGAAACAUUUAAUUCCAUUGUUGUUUAGUCGCAGAAUGGAGGCACAAACUUUAGCUGCAUUUCAUUUUGCUAUGGAAUCCUAUAUAAAAGCGGAACAAGGCAGAACUGAGAUCUUCCAUGAAAUUGAUGCUGUUGAACCCUUAAAGAAAAUUGCUAGCAGUCCCAAUGCUGUGGCUUCCAAGUUAGCUGUAGAGGCAUUAAAAAUAAUUGGUGAAAAAAUACCUCAUAAAUUGUCACAACAGGUGCCUUUAUGGACUGUUGAUGAUGUUAUUUACUGGGUUUCUCAGGUUGGGUUCAGUAAAUACAGUGAUAGGUUUCAAGAAGAACAAAUAGAUGGUGAUUUAUUAUUAACAUUGUCAUUAGAUGAUUUAACUGAUGGCUUAGAUAUGAAAAAUAGUGUUGUGAGAAAACGAUUUAUGCGAGAAUUAAAGUCGCUAAAAAUAACAGCAGAUUAUUCGUCAUGUGACCCCACAAGCUUAGAUAAUUGGUUGAUGAAAUUGUCACCUGAUCUAUCCCAGUAUACCUAUCAUAUGUUACGACAAGGGGUGGAUAAAUAUGUCUUACAGACAUUGAGUGAGGAAGAAUUACGGAAUGAAUGUGCAAUUUGCAACAGUAUACAUAGAAAAUUAAUAACAUUACCCCUCUCAGAUCACCAGUUGGGUAUGAGUUUAGGUAGUGGUAUGAGAACUAUAGAUGUAUUCAUAUCUUAUAGAAGAUCUAAUGGUUCACAGUUAGCAAGUUUGUUGAAGGUCCAUCUACAGUUGAGAGGAUUUUCAGUAUUUUUAGAUAUUGAUAGGCUACGUGCUGGUAAAUUUGAUGAGAAUCUAUUAUUGAGUAUCAAGUUAUCACGUAAUUUUGUACUGAUAUUAACACCUGAAUCAUUAGAUAGAUGUAUUGGGGAUGCUGAAAGAGAGGAUUGGGUACAUAGGGAAAUUGUAGCAGCGUUGGAAAGUAAUUGUAAUAUUAUACCAGUUAUGGAUACCUUUACUUGGCCUCCAUUAGAGAAAUUACCAGAAGACAUGCAUCCAGUUGUUAGAUUUAAUAGUGUCAAAUGGAUCCAUGAUUAUCAAGAAGCUUGUGUUGAUAGAUUACAGACAUUUCUACGUAAUGACCCAGAUAAAGAGAGUAACUCCUUACGCCACAAACCUUCAUCACAUAGUAUAGCUUCCUCACCUUCCUCUGAUGACUUGUAUUUAAAAUCUGAAAAUUCCAAUAGAUCUAUCUGUAGUUUAUUAAAUGAGACUGGUAGUUCACCUUAUUGA